GUAAUUUAUGAGAACUGGGAUGAAGAUGAACCCAACAACCACAAAGAACUUGAACAUUGUGUUAUGUUUAAUAGAUCACCCCAAAUGCGCUGGAAUGACUUGCGCUGUGAACAUUUACUUAAUUGGAUUUGUGAAACAAAAAAAGGUACACUGGUAAAACCUGAACUGUACUACAAACUUGAAUAUCAAGCCACUAAUGAUGGAUGGAUUAUAUAUGAAGAUAAACAGUACUAUUUCAGCAAAGAACGUGUCCAUAUGGAAGAAGCACGGGGAGUUUGUCAGAAGAACUUUGCAGAUCUUGUUGUCAUUCAGAAUGAAAGCAAAAGACAAUUUCUAUGGAAAUAUAUUUACACAAAACUCAGAAUGGAAUCAUAUUUCAUUGGCUUAGUUGUCAGCUUUGAUCAGAAAUUCAGCUGGCUAGAUCAGACCCCGGUGAACUAUGUUGCCUGGGCUCCGAACGAACCCAAUUUUGCGAAUAAUGAUGAAAACUGUGUGAUAAUGUCAAGAGAUUUUGGCUUUUGGAAAGAUAUAAGCUGUGCUGUGAAAAAUGCCUUCAUCUGUGAAAGGCACAAUUCAACUUACUCAGGAUUUGCUCCUACUCUACUUCUACCUCUGGGAGGAUGUCCUGAAACUUGGCUUUUGUUUAACAAUAAGUGUUACAAAAUAUUUGGAUCCAGAGAAGAAGAGAGACUGACUUGGCACUCCGCAAGAAGUGCUUGUAUAGAGUUAGGGGGAAAUUUGGCCUCUAUACACAAUGAGCCAGUGCAAGCCUUCUUCACCUUCCACCUAAAGGAUGUUGCCAAUGAAACAUGGAUCGGACUGAAUGACAUUAACAGUGAGAGUGUAUACCUUUGGACAGAUGGAAGCUUUUUUGACUAUUCAAAGUGGGCAAGACAAUUCCCAUUUAGAGAUAAAUACAUAGAAGUUGACAGGAAGUAUAUUACAACUGACUGUAUUGCAAUGACAAAAAGAUCUGUAGAAGAAGCAGGGUACUGGGAAAACACUGACUGCCAGCAUAACAAAAGCUAUAUUUGCCAGAUGGACAGCAAGCCUGAACUGUUUCAUUCCACAGCUGCUCCAGAUUCUGAUUUCAUCCAUUAUGGUAACAGCAGCUAUUUAAUAAUUCCUUCUAAAAUGAAUUGGGAAGAAGCAAGAAAAGCCUGCAAGAAGAAAUCUUCAGAGCUUGCCAGCAUUUUUGAUUAUUACAGUAAUAUAUUCCUGAUGCUGCAGGCAGCACAAUAUGGAGAGCCCUUAUGGAUUGGACUCAACAGCAAUGUGAGUUAUGGCUAUUACAGAUGGGCAGAUAAAAGGAAAAUAAGUUUUUCUAAGUGGUACUAUGGAGAACCAAAACAGAAAAUAGCCUGUGUCUAUCUAGAGCUCCACGGGACCUGGAAAACAGCACCUUGUAAUGAAAAACAUUUUCCUGUCUGCAAAAAAUCUGAGGAUGUACUUCCUUCUGAUCCCCCACAGGAUAUUGGAAAAUGUCCUGAAUCUGAUCACAUAUAUUGGAUUCCUUUCCGAAGCCACUGCUAUAAUUUCAAUGCCAAUGAAAUGAGCUGGGCUCAGUCUGUGACUCAGUGUGUUCAAUCAGGUGGUAUGUUGACUUCUGUAGAAGAUCUGGCUGAAUCAAACUUUUUAUUAGAGCAUGCAGACUUAUACACAAGCAAGACAAGUGGCUUUUGGAUAGGAAUAUACAGAAAUGUAAAUGGGCAGCUGCUCUGGCAAGACAACAGUGCCUUAGAUUUUGUCAACUGGGGAGAAGGACAGCCCUCGGAGGACCAGCUUGAUUACUGCGUGGAGUUGUCUGCAUUCUCUGGCUACUGGAGUAUCCUUCCUUGCUCUUCCCAAAAGGGUUUUAUUUGUAAGAAACCAAAGACUAUUCUUAAAGCAGCUGCAAACAUGGAAGGUAGGGACAAAGCACAUGGUCACAUGAAUACGUGGAUGCUACUUACUCUGGUCCUCAUCAUUUUGUUAGGGAUGGGCAUCAUGAUUUAUUUCUUAUUCAAGAUCAAAACUCAAAGUGAGACUAAAAGAGAAGCGAGGCGGCACAGCACACUGCUAGAAUACAGCUGUGUCCUAACUGUAAAGGACAAUGAAAAUGAUUCUACUAACGACAAAGAAAAAAAUGAAUACAGCGUUGUCUAA